UGGUGCACUUUCAACACCUUUACUGGUUGAACAUCUCCAUAACUACAGAUCGGUGAAGCAGGAAGGAAACACAAUACAGGCAACAAGAGAUACCUUCUCAGGAUUACAGAAUACUGUGAGCUAAUGGCAGGAUAAGUGAGUUAAGCAACAUAACCAUAUUGUAGUUUAACAUAUGCUUUAUCAAAAUGAUUUAACAUUCGAAAUAUCAGAAGUAAACUGCACAUAAUUAAAUAUUUAUCUUUGAAAGAUUUCAGGGUGACUUAAUACCUAUGGCAUAUUGUUUGUAAUUGAUACUUCACGACUAAUAACCAUACAAUCUCUGCAGUACACAAGUCUGUCAAGGUCAUCUUCACUAUGAUAUUCUGGUCCCAAUAGAUGUCUUGACUUUAAGGUUGUUGAACUUUUAAAGGAUCAUUCUGCCAUAACAUGAUUAUAGAGUGUUUGUAUUCUGCCUAAACUGGAGUUUCUUGUAACAAAGGAAACAAUUGGAAGCAAAAUUAGAAACCAGGACACUACAGAAGGACUUAUUUUUCCUCUCUCUGAAAAAUGUCUACCAGUUCUCAAGACAGUGUGGAGCACCAACAACUGAUUUCAGAGGCCUAUCCUUCCAGGCUACUUGAAGGGCUUCACAAUUUACGUACAGAGAACAUUCUGUGUGACAUUAUACUGGAGGCUGAAGGAGUUACCUUUCCUGCACACAAGGUCAUUCUAGCAUCAGUGAGUAGUUAUUGCAAAUUAUUAAUAGAGAGUCAACAUACUAAAUACAUUAGGUUGAAUGUCACUGCAAAAGGACUCAAACACGUGUUGGAUUUCAUUUAUUCAAACAGAUUAGACCUUACUAUAGAUAACAUUGAAGAUGUAUUAAAAGCAGCAGAGAAUUUGCUGGUGCAAGAUGUAAUCAAACUAUGCUUUCGAUUCCUCGAAGAACAUCUCAACCACAGAAACUGCUUGGAUAUCUUUAAAAUUACUCAAAAAUUUGGACCAGAAGAGUUAAGACAAAAGGCAUUUUUGUAUCUGGGUCAACACUAUAAAUAUAUACUAGAAAAUCCCUGCCAUCUGGUAGAACUAGACAAAGCAACUCUAUGCAAAAUUCUGGAGAACAGUGAUAUACAAGAGUACAGUGAACUUGAACUAUUUAAUUGUGCAACCUUGUGGUUGCAUCAUGAUAAGAACAGACUGAAAGAUGCAGCGCAUAUUCUGAAAAGAAUUCGAUUCUGCCUCAUUUCAGCUAUGGAUUUACAGAAAUAUGUUGAAGAAAUCUCAAUCAUGAAAACUGAUUCCCAGUGCAAUAAAUACCUCCGGGAAGCGCUUAGUUACCACUCACGGUUACAUGCUCAGCCUAUAUUGCGAACUGAGCAUACACGGAUUCGGUCAAAUUCUGAAAAUAUGUUGAUCCUUGGAGGCCGGACAACAAAUAACAACGUUUGCAGAGGCAUGUGGGUUGCUGAUGAGACUGGCAGUUAUUGGAGAAAACUGGGAGAAAUGCCUGUUCCAUUGUACAAUCACGGGGUAGUGGUUGUGAAUAAUUUUGUAUUUGUUUUAGGUGGGCAAAACAGAUUCGAUGCCACUGGAAAUCAACCAUCAAAUGAGGUACAUCGGUUUGAUCCAAGGAACAGCACAUGGCUUCAGGUUGCUGGCAUGCUGGAAAGCCGCACACGAUUUUAUGUGGAUGCAGUCUUAGACCACAUUAUUUCUGUGGCAGGCGGAACACUUUUAGGGCAACUCACAAAUACAGUGGAAGAAUACAAGUUUGAAGAGAAUAAGUGGCAGCUCAUAGCUCCCUUUCCAGCAGCAGUGGCAGAUCACACUGGGGCUGUACAUAAAAGCAUUCUAUACAUUUCAGGUGGAUUCACAGCAGGAAAAGUUGUAAAAGAUCUGUACAGCUACCUCCCAAGAUUGCAACGAUGGAUCAUUAACCAGUCCAUGACAUUUGCCCGUUGUGACCAUGGCAUGGCUACCAUUGGAGACAAAAUAUUCUGUGUAGGCGGAAGGACUUUAAACUCAUCAGAUGAGUGGUUGCACGUAAAUGAAACAGAAUAUUACAGCCCUGUAGCUGACCAGUGGACGACACUCAAAGUAUCAACUUUUGACUGCUGUCAGUUUAGCACCUCUGUGCACAAUUCCAAACUCUACAUCACUGGUGGGGGAUCUCUUCGUCAAAUGACCAAAAAAGAUAGUGUUUUCAUCUAUGAUCCAGAAGCUAAGCGUUGGGGAAGAGCAGGUGCCUUACCUCUGCCCCUGAUGGACCAUGCUGCCUGUAUGAUUAAACUUUCUGGGGCGGUUUUACACAAGUUAAAAACUGAGGAAUAUGCACAUCCACUCCUUGGAACAAAAAAGAGUUCCACUCUCAAUCUAUUUGUAACUGAUUAACAUAGGAACAAUACAAAAAUCAAAACUACAUAUGGUAAGGAUUGUGCAUUUAAUCAUGGAGAAGAAAGUUAUUGGCUUGCCUUAUGUCUACUAAUGCUUAUGCUCAAGUAAAGUUGAAUAUAUGUACAAACUACUUGAUAAAAAUCAAUUUCCUGGAAUUCAUGCCAUGAAUUAAGAUAUUUCCCUUACUGAGAAAAAACCUCUGAUAUCAAAUGGUUUUACUAUCAGGAAAUGACUACUAUUGAAAAUUGAUUUUACAUUCGGCAAGGUGGUAUGCAUGUACAAUAGGUAACUUUGUAUACAGUGCUGAGUACUUGUAAUUAUAUAACCAUUACAUCCAGCAACGGAUUAUAAAACAAAACAAAGUCAUUAUAUGUUGAGCAUACACCUCUCCUAAACAAGGAAUGGUAAUUAUAGUGAAUGAAAUAAUUUACAAUAUCUUGCAUCUCUCAUAUCUUUCACUCUUUGUUUAAACAUUCAUUUUAUGUUAGUAUUAUUUGAGAACCUGGGUUCUAAGGGGGAGGAAAAGUAGAUGAGUUUCUUUUUAGUUCUUUGAGAAGCUUAAGCUAAAUUAACAACAGGAACACAGGUGAUCAAGUGUUAAGUAGCAUUAAACAGCUGUUUUGAAGGAAUAGACAUUAACUGAAAAAAAAACAAAUGGAUGUCAAGCAAUUUGUCUGAAAGAAGCUGAUUAUAGCCAUCUCAACUGAGCGAGAAGCUUCAGGGUGGAGAAAGAGAUGACUCCUCCCUCAGGUUUGAGUGCCUGUAAGAGUAUUGCUGAGGAAAAAAGGGAUGAAUUGUUCUUUCCAAUGUGUGUAAUGAGAUCAUUCUAAUAG